UAAUUGAUUUUGCCAUUCAUCGUCUUUAUACUGCGUAUACAUAGAUUGAUGAAAAAGUAGUCUUCGUUACUCGUGCGACAUAGAGCAUUGCGCGGCAAACACACGAUGAAGAGCCUAGUGUGUGAUAGAUGCUUGUACUGUAUUAAUUGAUUUGCAAUUAGGUAUUUAUGUACAUGGGGAUAAACAUUCAUCUUCAUUUUCUAAAUAAGAAAGCUUUGGACCGGCCUAUAAUUAUAGGAAGGUUUUGGGCCGGCCCAUAGUUGAAAGAGCAUUGACGCGCACACACACCGCCUUCUUCCUCCCGGUGUUAUCACUUACUCCUAGCAGGGAGUGUAUAAAUAUAUUAUUAUUAAUAAUAAUAAUCAUAAUCGCUCGCGCUCUCUCCAAAUCGUUCAUUCUCGUUAGCAAUUCUUCAUUGUUACUACUGUGUUCAGAUAGAAAGAAAAUUAAAAUUUGAAAUCAAAUACAAAUAUCAUACCCUAAUCUAAUUCAUUCAUCGGAUUCAUGGGACACGGAGAAAAAAGACCCUUCAAAAAGUUCAAAGGCUCCUCCUCUAAAUUCGAAGAUCCCCGAAAAGGAUUCGCCGAUGAUGACGAUGCUUAUGGCGGCGAUGAUCCAUACGACGAUGACGAUGGAAAAACAAAGGAUUUUAGCAAAUUAGAGUUGAAACCGGAUCACCCUAAUCGUCCUCUUUGGGCUUGUGACAAUGGCCGCAUAUUCCUUGAGACAUUUUCUCCUUUGUACAAACAAGCUUAUGAUUUUCUUAUUGCCAUCGCCGAGCCUGUUUGCAGGCCCGAGUCGAUGCACGAAUACAAUCUUACUCCGCACUCGUUGUAUGCUGCUGUUUCGGUUGGUCUAGAAACUGAAACAAUUAUAUCAGUUUUGAACAAGUUAUCCAAAACCAAGCUUCCCAAAGAGAUGAUUAAAUUUAUACACGAUUCUACUGCUAAUUAUGGGAAAGUGAAACUCGUUCUUAAGAAGAAUCGUUACUUCGUGGAAUCUCCAUUUCCAGAGGUAUUAAAGACACUGCUCAGGGAUGAUGGUAUAUCUCGAGCAAGGAUCACUUCUGAGGGUAUGCAUGGAGAUGGAUUUACAAUCACCAAAGCAGCCGGUGAAAUUGAAGGCACUCAUGAUGAGUUGCUAAAUGAAGCAGAAGUAGCAGCAGCUGCAGAAGAGAAAGAAGCUCAUGCAUUCGAAAUUGAUCCUUCUCAGGUUGAAAAUGUAAAACAACGUUGCUUGCCAAAUGCUUUAAAUUAUCCCAUGUUGGAGGAGUAUGACUUCAGAAAUGAUACAGUGAACCCAGACCUUGAAAUGGAACUAAAACCUCAAGCACAACCACGACCAUAUCAAGAGAAGAGCCUUAGUAAAAUGUUUGGAAAUGGUAGAGCAAGAUCCGGCAUCAUAGUUCUACCCUGUGGUGCUGGAAAGUCCCUAGUUGGUGUUUCAGCAGCUUGCCGGAUAAAAAAGAGCUGUCUUUGUUUGGCGACGAAUGCUGUCUCCGUAGAUCAGUGGGCUUUUCAGUUUAAACUAUGGUCAACUAUUCGAGAAGAACAGAUUUGUCGUUUCACAUCUGAUAGCAAAGAGAGAUUCCGUGGUAACGCUGGAGUUGUCGUGACAACAUAUAAUAUGGUUGCUUUUGGGGGUAAACGGUCUGAAGAAUCUGAAAAGAUCAUUGAAGAAAUAAGAAACAGAGAAUGGGGAUUACUUCUUAUGGACGAGGUACAUGUGGUUCCUGCUCAUAUGUUUCGAAAAGUCAUUAGUAUCACUAAAUCUCACUGCAAACUUGGGCUCACAGCCACACUUGUGAGAGAGGACGAACGAAUUACAGAUCUGAACUUCCUUAUUGGUCCCAAAUUGUAUGAGGCAAAUUGGUUAGAUCUUGUAAAAGGUGGAUUUAUUGCAAAUGUACAGUGUGCUGAAGUAUGGUGUCCGAUGACCAAAGAGUUUUUUGCUGAGUAUUUAAAGAAAGAGAACUCCAAGAAGAGACAGGCCCUUUAUGUGAUGAAUCCAAAUAAAUUCCGAGCAUGUGAGUUUCUCAUUAAUUACCACGAAAGGGCACGCGGCGAUAAAAUUAUAGUGUUUGCUGAUAAUCUUUUUGCUCUGACGGAGUAUGCCAUGAAACUCCGCAAACCAAUGAUAUAUGGUGCUACAAGCCAUGUUGAGAGGACAAAAAUUCUACAGGCAUUCAAAACUAGCAAAGACGUAAAUACCAUUUUUCUUUCCAAGGUUGGUGACAACUCAAUCGAUAUUCCUGAAGCAAAUGUCAUAAUUCAGAUCUCUUCACAUGCUGGUUCAAGGCGUCAAGAAGCUCAACGUCUGGGUCGUAUUCUUAGGGCAAAGGGAAAGCUUCAGGAUAGGAUGGCAGGUGGUAAAGAGGAGUAUAAUGCAUUUUUCUAUUCCCUUGUGUCAACUGAUACCCAGGAGAUGUAUUACUCAACUAAGAGGCAGCAAUUUUUAAUUGAUCAGGGUUACAGCUUUAAGGUAAUUACAAGCUUGCCUCCAUCUGAUGAAGGGUCUCGUUUAAACUAUCAUCACCUCGAAGAUCAAUUGUCUCUUCUUGGAAAGGUAUUGAAUGCCGGUGAUGAUGCAGUUGGAUUAGAGCAACUAGAAGAAGACUCAGAUGAAUUAGCUCUUCGAAGUGCUCGUCGUUCUCAAGCAUCCAUGAGUGCAAUGUCAGGUGCAAAAGGGAUGGUUUAUAUGGAGUACAGUACUGGGCGUAAAGGCCAAGCACAGAUCAAAAGCAAGCCGAAAGAUCCAGCGAAGAGACACUUCUUAUUCAAAAGACGAUAUGGCCCAACCUAAAACCACAUCUGUGAUUAAUAAUGACCCAUGCAGUGGUGUCUGGGUAAUGUACUGUAUUACAAUGAUCAAGAAACCCGGAUUAACAUAAGUUACAUGAUUACAUUAACUUAUGGAUUGUAUCAGUCUUAUGACUCAAAUAUAUCUCGGUGAGUGGUAAUCAUGCAUUGAUAUUUGAUUUCUUUUUGUUUUUUCAGAUUUUAAUCAUGUUCUAGAAAUAAUAUCAAAGGUAUAAGUCUAGUACCUACGAAAAUAUAGUACAACAGGCAUAUUAUUGCCCCGA